UCUGUGUGGAGAUGAUGGUGUAAACCGGAGAAGUGUGUGAGGUUUGUCAGGGGAGGGUGAGAGGGAUGGCGAGAGGCGGAACAAACCGGUGUGUGUGCCCGGAUACACGCUGAAACGGCUCGCCCGCACUGCAGAUUAACUCUUCAGACGCCGGGGAUGCUCAACACUAAAGCACAAGUCACAACAUCCGCGUCCUUUGUUUUUUGGGGGGAUCUGUUGGACGAUGUGAGGAGAUCCUUCCUGGUGUUGAUGAUUUGAGCACAGGAUUCAGGCUCUGCGUGUUCCUCAGAAUAAUCGAGUAAUCUGACAGCCGCUAUGUGUCAUCCUAGCCAGAUGAUCCCGUGAUGGACAGCUCCUCGACUGAGCGUUUUUGCAGAAGUGGAAUAGAUAUGAUGAGAAAUUCAUCCCAGCUGUCAAUAUAAGCAACAAAUCAACUCUGAUUUUCCUCUCUUCAGUCUACCUCUGACAAGAUCAGCCAUCAAUAACCCAUCAACUCAGGCUGACCACAAAGCUUCCUUUGUGACUCUUAGAAGAUCCACUUCCAUCCUUCAAGUCAACACCUCUUACAUAUAACUCAUUAUAUUGUUGCAGGGAAAGGCCCUCAGCCAAUCCAGUGGCUGACGGGUUGGGAGAAGGAGGAGGAGCUUCAAGUCCCAUCAGGAGUGUUGUGAGGUUAGUGGCGAGCGGGCUGCUGGUGCCGAAUGCAGAACAUCUUCGAGCAGAACUUGGACAUGGCCACGGCUCUGCUUGCGGGUGAGAAGCUGAAGGAGUUGAUCCUGCCGGGUUCCACACAGGAUGAGAAGGGCGGUGUGCUGGCGGGUCUCAUGGUGCAGCUCAAAUUAGAGUUGCCCUUUGACCGGGUCGUCACAAUAGGAACUGUCAUCAUCCCUAUACUGCUGGUCACAUUAGUUUUCACAAGGAACUUUGCAGAGGAGUCUAUAUAUUGCUACACCCCACACAACUUCACACGCGACCAGGCUCUGUAUGCCAGAGGCUACUGCUGGACAGAGCUUCGAGAUGCAGUGCCUGGCGUCGACCCCCAGCUUCGGCCUUCCCUGCUCGAGCACAAGUUUCUGCCCUACGCUCUGCUGGCCUUUGCAGGCAUCAUGUACAUACCUGCUCUGGGAUGGGAGUUCCUGGCCUCCACUCGGCUCACCUCCGAACUCAACUUCCUCCUUCAAGAGAUCGACAACUGCUACCACAGGGCAGCCGAGGGCAGAGCGCCCAAGAUUGAGAAGCAGAUCCAGUCCAAGGGGCCGGGGAUUACGGAACGUGAGCGCCGAGAGAUCAUCGAGAACGCAGAGAAGGAGAAGAGCCCCGAGCAGAACCUGUUUGAGAAGUAUCUUGAGCGCCGCGGGCAGAGUAACUUUCUGGCUAAGCUGUAUCUGGCACGACAUUUAGCCAUCAUCUGCCUCAGCUCAAUACCCAUAACGUACCUGAGCACCUACUACGCCCGUCAGAGGCAGAACGAGUUCACUUGUGCGCUUGGCGAGCCGCCGGACACUAGCAGCAUCCCUGAACUGCGGCUAAAUGUUAACUGCAAGCUACCAGCCGUGCAGCUCCAACGCAUUAUGGCCGCAGUGGACAUCUCUUUGCUGUGUUCUGUGAACCUCAUUAUCCUUGUGAACUUGCUGCAUUUGUUUGUAGUGCGUAAGUCAAAUUUCGUCUUUGACAAGCUGCACAAGGUUGGCAUUAAAACACGCCGUCGCUGGCAGAAGUCACAGUUUUGUGACAUUAACAUUCUGGCCAUGUUCUGUAAUGAAAACAGAGACCACAUUAAGUCUCUCAACAGACUGGACUUUAUCACCAACGAGAGUGACCUCAUGUAUGAUAAUGUUGUGCGGCAGCUGCUGGCAGCGUUGGCUCAAUCCAACCACGACGCCACUCCAACUAUGAGAGACUCUGGGAUCCAGACUGUUGACCCCAGUAUGGACCCCUCAGUGAUUGGUGUGGGAGAAUUGGGAGGAGAGCCCUUAGUAAUCAAAAGACCGCGCAAGAAGAUCAAGUGGAUCCCCACAUCUAACCCUCUGCCACAGCCUUUUAAGGAACCCUUAACUCUAAACAGACUGGAUAACAGCAUAAAAGCAGAGAAACCUAAACCAGUCCGAAGGAAGAAUGUAGCAGAUAGCAUUAUUGCUCCACUUCUGGACAGCAAGAGCACACAACAUCCUCCUACUAACAAAGCUGCAGAAACAUAUAAUAUAGAGAAGAAACACACUCUUAACCUCUCGCUGGAUGUUCAUCCUUUCAUGCUAACCAUCCAGAAAGCGAAAACAGAAACGGUCAAUCCUGAGCCACCCCCUGUUGUUGAGCACUCUCUCAGUAAUGUGUAUAUUGAGGGUCCACAUACAGUUGUACAUGUCUCAUCUUCUCUUACUGAGAAGAAAGAGUCUCCUCCACUGUCCACCACCACUGCCUUCUCCACAGCCACCCUCUCCACAGCAUCAUAUAUGAAUGGCGGAUCGCCCAGCUUGCCUCCUCCAGACUUCCCGAAGGUCGAAGAUCCUCUCAACCAGGGGACGGAGCCUGAGAGCCAGCCCGGGCCUUUUAGUCGAAACCCCUCACACCCGCUGCUGAGCAUCCAUCACACCUUGUAUGAGGACGAGGAGGAGCAAAACAGAAGGGACAGACUAGCCAGACCGGGCGAGUUGAUUGCUGCUGGAGAGUGUUGAAGGAAAAUGCAGAUAAACACCUGCACACACACUCACACACAAAUGCAAAAGCACUUAGAAUAUGAACUGAAGCACAAAGAAAUAUGCUGGUUUUUAGGGUUAUGUUAAUGGUUAUGCCAUUAAGGGUGGAGCUCAGAUUAUUUCAUUUUCAGAGAUGAAGAUUAUGGGACAUUGGUGCAGCCAAUGUUUAACAUAUUUUAUACUCUUAAAGGUUAAAAGAAAUUAUUUUUAGUUAUGUUAAACUGGAGUUUUCAGUUACUGGUGUAUUAGUAAAAACACUAUUCAUUUUUAAUAUUAAGUGCACCUUUCAAAAUCAUCUCCCAGCCUUACAUCCACAUACUCGGACGUGUGUAGUUUGAGGGGGAAAAAAAUCACCCAUGACCUUAGUGCUCACCUUAUGGGUUAAUGAAUUCCUUAUGACAUUCCAAAUGAAGGCAAGGCACAUCAGAAUUUUGCACAAAGCAUCAUUUGUUCCUGUAUCAUCAAUUUCCACAUGGUUUGGUGUUUGGUGUUUUUUUUUUUUGCAAUCAGCGUCUGUUUCAUAUAGAUGUCUUGAGGUAUCCAACGCAAUACAUGUAUUCUUAAAAUAUGCAACCUCAUGUCUUAUUGUCGCAAUAAUAUGCACAUUAGGAAUGUAUAUACUGAGGUGUACAGAAAAAAACUGAUAAUAUGAGAGAUUUUAGAAAAAGACUGUCACAUGGCGUGUUCAUCCACACACCUCUGGUGCACUUAUUCAAUGAGACUGUAUCAUUCUGGGUCUUUGGGUCAAGUGCUUAAAGACAUUCAACUCUGGAUCAUCCGUCAGAAGAAAUAUGGAUCCUUAUACCAGCUUUUUUGAACAGACAGAGUUGUGACGGAAAGAUUUCAGCGGGACAUUUUCAAACUAAAGAGGAUUCAUAAAACAUGCUUUUGAUACCUAAAUCACCAUCAACCACAGUUUGUGUGUUAUUCCACCUUUGUAAAUCCUAGUUAAAACCUUUGAUAUUCACUUAUGCAUUUUGUGGUGAAGUAUAACAAAUACCCUGCCAAAAUACACUUUUAUGAUUGUGAGUGAAUACAAGAAGCGCACAUUUAGAAUCCAAGAGCACCUCUAACCACAAGGCAUGAGAUUGAUAUUAGAGAUAGCUGCUGCAGCUCACUGUUUUUCUAGCACAUAUCAUGCAUCCAAGUGCAAUAUUUUGAUAAUGAUAGUGUGAUACAGGGAACAUGAAUGACAGUACCAUUAGAGGGGAAGGAACCACACCUGAUUUUCCAGGCUUGAAUUUUUUAGAUGUGAAUAUAAUUUGAUGGUAUCAUGGGUGCUAAUCUCAAACUUGAAAAUCUUAAUGGCAUACAGUCUUUGAGCCAACAUGUUAAAAUGGGGUUAGACAAGGUAUUUCAUGGCCAUGUUACCUUAUUUGUUUUGUUCUUGCAUUUAGGGGAAACAUUGUAAAUGAAUAUUUGUUUUGUAGCACCAUUUCAAUUUUUUUAUUUUUUAUUUAUUUAUUUAUUUUUUUUGUCUAUCACAAAUGUUUGUGUUUAAUGUGAGUAUAUUUAUGGAACUGCAGCAUUUCAACCGAGUAACCUGCUUAGAGAAAUAAAUUAAUCUAUGCUAAAAAGAGAAAAUGUUAGAUUAUCACGAGUUGUAUACUGCAUGUUACAUCAUUUACGUGAGUUUGAAUCACCUAGUCUUGUCAGCCCUUUAUCUUUUUUAGCCUCUCUCUAAUGUGUAUGUUUGAUGAGAUAUUUCUGUUAUAGGUGAAUCUCAGAAAAAAAGUGUAUAAAGUUCACAAUGUUGUAAGAUGCUGUAAGCAAUUUUUAAUAUCAUGCAUAAAAUGCUUACUACCUCACAAAAACACUGAAACAAGUAUGAUGAGAAAUCCCACCUGUCUCUGUAACAGUCCUAUAUAAGCUCUGUUAACAGAUUUCAGAGGAGCAGCCAUGCUUUUUGGCCAAACAGAAACACCUUGGCUAUGAAUACUUUUUUUUUUUUUUUUUUGCGUUUGGGCUUGCUCAUUGGUUGACGGCGGCCAUC